UUCUUGGCAUUCUCACAGCACAUGGCUUCCAAAAUAAUUAUUUGAUUGUUGUUACGACAGUAAUAAUUAAUUAAAAUAAAUUAAAUUAUCAGUUAAUUAAUCGGAGCAGUUUUUGAGUAUGACGUGAUAAUUCAAAAGUUAGUCGGUAAAAAAUGGCCAGAAUUUGUCCGCUGUGUCAAAAGCUGGGGGAGAUUAGAGAAAUAAAACCGGUGCAGAUAAAUGCCGAGGAAGCUGUACUACUAUGUCCUAAAUCCAGGUGCGUGUGGCCACUCGGUUACGAAGAUCCACAAUACAUACUCAGCCCUAUGCCACAUAUGAAAAUGAUACCAACCGUAAAAGCAAGUAAAUGUACUCCAGGAAUACCCAUUUCUACAGAGUUAUCACUGUACACUCCACCAGUAACACCAGUUGACACUAAAGACACCACAACAAAUUUAAAAGGUACAAGCACAGACUCAUACGCAUCAUCACCGGGCGCUGUUACUAAAUACAAUCAAGUAUCAGCAGACACUUUGCCGAGUAUUUUCGACAUCGAUUCACCGGAAAAAAAUCCAGAAAAACAAAGUUCGUUAUUACGGAGCUGUGAUAAAAAAACACUAGGAGUAAGUAAUGAAAGUGGAAAUAAUUUUAGUGAGAAAAAAAAAUUACGCCCGAAAAUAGAGAGCAUUGAGAGAGUAAAUGUCGACGUUUCUGAUGUAAAAAGAAUUAAAUUAAGCGGUAAUUUAGUUGGUACUGGUCAGAAGGGAGUUAGAAUACUGAAGAAAGUUGUUAUCAAAAAGAAAGCCAACGGCUCUGCUGUUGGGAAAAUUAAUAGUGUAAAUAUUUGUACGGAUAAAAGGUCGAUGCCUUGUAAUUAUGAUACUUCAAAACUGCCAAAGAUUAAUUCGGAUAUUGAUAGUAAUAAAUUAAAAACCUUGUUCGAGAAGGUGCAGAUUAAGGAGAGUAAAAAUUAUGAGGGAAAAGAUUUGGCCGCGAUUGAAAAUUCGCCGGGAACUUGUAAGGAUUUUUUGACAGUUCCGCCUGGCAAUUGCAAUAAUUCGGGUGUUAAUACAACAGUUAAAGAUGAAGAUAUUAAUUUAGAUAGUAUUAUUGACGAUCUUGAGUCGAGUAAUUCAACGAGCCAAGUGAUGGUCGAUGAUGACUGGCUCAGCUCAUUGCUUAUGUAAAUAAUUCGGUUUAUUUAUAUUUUUUACUGUUAAUAAAUAAACAACAGCCAGCGAAGUUCGUUGAUUAAGAAGAAAGCGACUGGAAAGCUAAUAAUUAUAGUUUAUUGAAAAAUUAAGUUUGUACAAUCGUAGGCAAUCAUUUGUAUUAUCGUUUAGUUUUCACAAUUUAUUAUCUAAUUAGUAUUUAAAAACUGUACAAAAUAGGCAAGUCGCUGACGGGCCGACCGUAAAAUUAAGCCUCUAAUUAAAUGAGAUAUUUUCACAAUUAAUUGAAUUUUGAAAUUUCAUAAAGUAGACUAGUUCUUUUUCUAAUCAUCUUACUACAUGAUUCAUUGUUAAUUAUAUUAUGAUUAUUUAAACGCGAGUAAAUAAUUAAACUAUUGUUUCAGUGUACUGUAAACUAAGUUAAAAAAUUUUUUGUUACAUGAUUUUCAUUACGAAUAACAAAAUAAUUACAAGCAAUUAAAAAUUUGUUUACUCAAAAAAUGAUUAUUUAAAUUAAAUGACCAAAUAAAAAUGAA